GUUUAAAUGGCUAACAGAGAAUAUGAUUAUUUGUUCAAAUUAGUUAUUAUAGGCAACAGUGGAGUCGGAAAGUCUGCUCUUUUAUUACGAUUUGCAGAUGAUACCUUUAGUGAAAACUACAUUACAACCAUUGGAGUUGAUUUUAGAUUCAAAACAUUAAAAGUAGAUAAUAAAGGCUUAAAAUUGCAAAUAUGGGAUACUGCUGGAUAAGAGAGAUUUAGAACAAUUACUAAUGCUUAUUAUAAAGGAGCUGAUGCGUAAUUUGUAUAUAAAUCAAAAUUAGAAUUGUUAUUGUCUAUGACACAACAUGUUAACAGUCCUUUGAUGACAUUGAAAAGUUUUGGUUGAAUGAAAUCGAGAGUUAUGCUGAAAAAAAUGCAGAACUCUUGUUAUUGGGAAACAAAUCAGAUUUAAGUACAAAAUAGGUUUCAAGUGAAAGAGUUCAAGAAUAUGCUCAAAAAAGAAACAUGAUGUUCUUUGAAACUAGUGCUAAGACUGCUGAUGGAGUAGAAGAAGCCUUCAAAAAAAUGGCUAUCAAAUUAAUGGCUAAAAGAGAUUAACAAGUUUAAGAAAAAAAAAAUAAAAGAAAAUAAUAAAGAGUAAAUAAUCAAUUUGAAUUAUUAGUAAUCCUCGUCAUCAUCACAAAGAACAGAAGAUCUUUCAAACUCUAGUGAAAGGAAAUAAGAAGAAGAACCAAAAAAUGUUAACUUGUGGUCAAAACAGACUACAGAAAAGGCCAAAUAAGAUUAGUAAUGCUAAUGUUGAAUAUAAAAAUCAAU